CUGUGUUUUUAUAUUUUGUUACAGUAGACCAGUUUAUUUUUGAGUUACAAGUAUAAAAUAUUUGUAAACAAGAUAAUACAGUCAUGUUAUCGUGAAACUUCAGUAUUUGUAGUAUUAUAAAGUAAUGCGACAUGUCCGUUUUUUUUGUAAACACUAGCCAAGACAGCGAACCCGAAGGCGAAUCCAAUGGCGACUUGCAAAUCGCAGCCGCCGUGAACUCCGAAGCUCAGCAAGCAUUGGACCAAUUCUGGCCAAAAGUCAUAGAGGAAAUUAAAAAGAUAACCACGAUGGACUUGAAAACACAGUCUCUGCCUUUGGCAAGGAUAAAAAAAAUCAUGAAAUUGGACGGAGACGUGAAAAUGAUAAGUGCAGAAGCUCCAAUGUUGUUUUCCAAGGCUGCUGAAAUAUUUAUACAUGAGUUGACUCUCAGGGCAUGGGUGCACACAGAGGAUAAUAAGCGAAGGACUUUGCAAAGAAAUGACAUUGCCAUGGCAAUUACGAAAUAUGAUCAAUUUGAUUUCUUGAUCGACAUUGUACCAAGAGAUGAAUUGAAGCAGAGUAAAGCACAGUCCGAAAAUGCAGUCAGGACGCCCAUGAAUUCGGAUCAAGUGCAUUAUUAUUUUCAAUUGGCACAGCAGCAGGCAUCAGCUAAUCAGACUGUACAAAGUAGUGGAUCAUCGGGACAACCAAUACAAAUAGUACAGCCUGGUACUGGUCAAAUACAGACAAUCAACAUAGGAAAUCCAGUUGAUCAGGAUUCGGGUCAAACCCAAACUAUCACUGUGCAAACUCCUCAACAGACUACUGGACCGCAAGUUAUCCAACUGCAACAGGCACAACAAGCCACAACAGCAGCAACGGGAGGGAUACAAAUAGUGCAACAAAUAGUCACACCAACUGGGGAAAUCCAGCAAAUACCCAUUCAAUUGACACCCCAGCAGUUACAAAUGAUUAGAAUGCAAGUUCAAGGGGGAAGCUCGCAGCCUAUCAUAAUUCAAGCUGCUCCGAUUCAAGCUCAGCCUCAAUUGAUCCAAGUAGCUCAGAGUGGGCAGACUCCAGUUUUUCUGCAAGCCAGCACAGUUGACACCGAGUAAUACUUGAUUUAUUAUGCGAAACGUACGGCUGUCCGUUAUUUUGUA